AUGGAAAUGCCGCCUCUUUCUUUGUACUCUGUAGCUUAUUACUUUAAGGCUACACGCAGUUUUGAUGAUAAAGACUUAUUGUUACAAAAAGUAUACAUUGUUGUAAAAAAAUGCAAGCUAUCAUCACAAAAACAAUAUAUAAUUGACUACUAUGCUUUGGAUUUCAAUUCUAACAUAGCCGAAUUGAAUCUACCUGUGAAAGUAGUGCAAUGUCAUCCAGAGAAGUUAAUUCCCAUGGUUCGUGGUUGGGAUUUCAACUUUGUCGGGGUGGAAGAAGUUUAUGAUGCAAAGAUGGGACAAUCGGUAGCAACCACAGUGAAAGAGUUAAAAUUGACAUUCACCUUGGUCCAAUUCUGGAAGUUGGAUGCAGCAAAAGAGGAGAAGUGGAAUGAAAUUCCGCCGGAAACAGCUGAUUUUGGAAGUCUGAAUGAUGGAAAAUAA